CUUCCUGGCGGAGCCCCGGGGAGCGCCCGUGCGCGCCGCCCGGCCCCGGAGAAGCUCGCCCUGCGCCUGCAGCCUCGGCCGCCGCGCGGAGCUGCGCCGAGGUGCGCCCAGGCGGCCCUGCGCGCGCGGGCUCGGGGCGGCGGGCGCCGCUGCUCCGGGCACGCGUCGCCGUGGCGGGCGCCUCUUCCCGCGGGCCUGGCGGCCGGGGCGCCCGCGCGGCUAGUGGCCGCCUCGCGGGACCCGCUGAGAGCCGCCCUGAUCCCCGGGCCGUGCCCGCCGCGCCGGCUCCCGCGGCCCGGGUGAGCGCAGGGCCUUCCCGGGAACCCUGGAGGUUUCAGUUCUGAUCCCUGAAUGUGGGAUACUGUCAAGAGAACUGAAAGACCUGGUCAUGGACUCUGGACCCUAUUACUUUGUGAAGGAUUUACCUCUUCACGAGUUAAUCACACCCGAAUUCAUCAAUACUUUUGUCAAGAAAGGUGCGUGCUAUGCACUGACGUACAACACAAGUAUCGAUGAGGAUAACACUGCUGCCCUGCUGCCAGAUGGGAAAUUAAUUUUAUCACUGGAUAAAGACACUUAUGAAGAAACUGGACUUCAGGGUCGUCCGUCUCAGUAUUCUGGCAGGAAAACCAUGAAAUUUAUUGUUUCCAUUGAUUUGGUGGAUUUGUCCUCUAACCUGGACUCCAAGAAGUAUAAGAGAAUAUCUUGGUCCUUCAGAGAAAAGAAGCCGUUGAAAUUUGAUUUUCUUUUGGCGUGGCAUCAAACAGGUGCAGAAGAAUCAGCGAUGAUGUCAUACUUUUCUAAUUACCGGAUUCAAGAGCAUCAGCCCAAAAUAGCGCUGAGCACGGUGACAGACCUGCAGUGCCCAGUGCUGCGGAGCGGUGAGCUCAGGGGCCAACCGGAGGCGGCCUGCAGCGCCCCAGAGCUCUUCGAGUGGCUGGGCGCCGUCUUCAGUCACGCCGCGCUAAAUAAUGAGUCUAAUAGCUUCAUAUCAACCUACUGCUGUCCUCAGCCAAGCACAGUGGUGACAAAAGCUUACUUGUGUACAAUCACUGGUUUCAUCCUCCCAGAGAAGAUAUGUCUCCUGUUGGAACAACUGUGUCGCUACUUUGAUGAACCAAAGUUGGCCCCGUGGGUGACGCUAUCGGUUCAAGGCUUUGCAGACAGUCCUGUUUCCUGGAGAGAAAAUGAACACGGUUUUCGAAAAGGAGGAGAACAUUUAUAUAACUUUGUGAUUUUUAAUAAUCUGGACUAUUGGCUUCAGAUGGCUGUUGGAGCAAAUGAUGACUGUCCCCCGUAAUAAGUACAGAAUUUAAAGUCAUGUUGGUUUACGUGUGUGCUCAUUUUCCAUAUUUCUUGACAGCAUGAGGACUGUGUGUUCACUGAGACUUGGAUGACCAUGACAUUUCUCAGGUCAGCAUCUGUCAGCAUCUGCUCUGCACUCCGGCCCAUCCUAUGACUGCAGCUGGGCUUGCUUCCAGUGGAAGCUCAUAGUUGAUCUCUCCCUGUCUGUGUGAGCCCAGGGUGUGGGCUACUGCAUGGUACCUUGGGCCAGGAUGGCCGGAGACCAGGGGUUAUGGGACCAUUGGGUAAGAUGUAUGCUGUGACUGUGACUUUUUUACAUAAUAAUAAGACAUCCUUACAUCAUACUUACCAGAGCCAGUUCCUGCAUUAAGUGUUGUGCAUCUAUUACCUUGUUUAACUCUCACAUCAGCCCAGUGAGGGAACAGGCACAGAGUGUGCAUGAGCUACUGAGGUCACCCGGCUUGUGGAGGCAAGACUUGCUCUCAGGCCAGCUGGCUUCUGAGUGUGUUCUCACUCUCCCACUUCUGGGGCAGGAGGGAUAUCUGGGUACUGUAUAUUGUUAAAAAAACAAGUUGAAUUUUCCAAUAACCUGUAAGGGAAAACAAUCUGAGAAAGAAUAUAGAUAUAUAUAUUUAUAUGUAUAUGUGUAUGUGUGUGUAUAUAUGUAAAAUGGAAUCU